AUGAAGCCCAUGUAUUGGUCUCUUGCCCUCGGGCCUACUCUACUUCAUUUCGCGGGAGCGGCAGAACCUGAAUCCUCCAAGAAUAACGCGGCCGGAUCUCUUGGCCAUAUCGUGGUCCUGAAGGCAGACUUGAAAAAUGAGCAUAUUGACAAGCAUAUUGACUGGGUCAACGGACUGCACAAGGCAGUAAAUGGUAGAGACGAUUCUGGCAAAGGUCAGGGUAUUGAGCAUACCUACCGCGCAGGAGCUAUCGGGUUUCACGGCUACUCGGGCAAAUUCUCAGAUGAAGUGCUCAAGCAGAUCAGAGAGCACGAUAACGUUGACUUUGUGGAGGAGAAUCAAGAAUUCUCUGUUGAGCCUGAUAGACGAGACGAAGGACAGGGUGAUAAGCCAUCUGACAGUCCGGUCAAAGAACAGCCAGAAAAGGUCGACACUCCGCCUGCAAGCGUGGGAAACCAGAACAAGAACGAUGCCGUUGGUCUCUUGACCAGAGGGCAAGGGUACAACACGUUCCUAGAGAAGGGCAAAAUUGUCGACGCCGUUAUCUGGACCAGCAACAAAAAGAGAGAUGAGACAGAUGGAGAGGCUGCUCCUGCCGGAAAUGAGACGACUCAGGCUGAGACAGUUUUCGACUUCAUCCCACCCACCACUGACAUAGAGGACUUCAAUGGUGUCGACGCGACGCAAUACUUUGAGGUCCCCAAGACCAACGAGAUUAAAGAUCGUAUCGCUGCCAAAUUGAAGGAACUGAAAGAGCAAAAGAAGAAGGAAAAGGAGGAAAAGGACAGAGCGCUUGCGACGAAUGAACUCCAAACUCGGGCUGAGGAUCCAAACUGCCCCGGCACUUUGAGAAAAGAGUAUAAAUUCACUAAAGAUUACGAUUCCUACUUGAAGCUUCUCGGCAUCAGCGGUGGCGCAACUAUCUCGGGUUGGGGCCAAAGUGCUUCUGUGUCCGGUAACUACCUGAACCAGGCAAAGAACAGCCCUAACAGUCAGUUACAGUUCUCCGGGAACAGCUUGACAUAUGUUGCCUUUGUUGAUGUUGAGAGGCAGUUGGCUACACCUGGUGGAUUCGAGCUCAAUAAGGCGAGAUAUAAGCCCGGACGAUUUUCUCAAGACUUUGGAAACCGGUGGAUUCAUGGUUUCAAGACUGGCGGCAAGAUGAUUGCUCGCGUGACAUUUACUUCCAAAGAUAACACCGAGACAUCAGAUCUCAAGGCACAUGCUGAGGCUUCAUUGAGCUUUUGGGGCGUCAAGGGAGACUUGACCGCAGACGUAAAGAAGAGCAUGGAAGAAGUGAAUAAGCAUACUAAUGUAGAUGUGUCACUCUUCUACCAAGGCGAGCUGGGUAUCUUUAUGGGAGAAAAGGAAGGAUCGCCCAAGGAUAUUUCGUCUGGAUCUGUAGAGGCAGUGCUCGGGCAGGUCAAGUCGUGGGCCGAAAAGUUUGAGAGCUUUGCCUGCAAGCACGACUAUGCUUACGGCUUCAAUAGUCCCCUUCUCGAUGAAUACGAAACGGUCCCGGGCUUCAGUGACCUGGAAGGCAGCCCAGAGAUUGCUGAUUACGACACUGCGCAUCUAUAUGCUCUUGAGAUUCUGGCUAUCAUGGUCAAGGUUGAGGAGCAAAAGAAGAUUCUCUCAUCCGCCCCACAUCUAGACGACGAGGCGAAGCGCACAAUGUCUUUCGCCGCGAUUAAGAUGAUUAAGGAUUGCAAGAAAUGGGCGAAACUGGCCGAACAAGAUCCAGAUACAGCUGGAGAACAAGCAUCGGACCUUGUCAAACGUCUGAGCGCCGAAUUCGUCAAAAAGUACAAUGAUGAUGUGGCCAAGACUCUGGGACGAGAUAGCCCCGAAAACUAUGCGCGAUGUAGGAAGGUACAGCAGGAUAGGGUCAAACAGAAUGCGGUGACGAAGGUUACCGAGCGUACGAAGCGUGCAAGAAUGGUUCUGCGAAAUAAGAUGGCAAGGGAGACUGGUUACAUUGGGAGAGUUAUUGUGCUGACAGACGGCGUGGAAGUCGAGACAACGAUCCUACAGGGACCACGGGCACGUGUACUAUCCAGCGUGGCCGGCACAGUCAGACAAAUUAUCAAUAUUCCUCUCUCCUGGUACCUAGCAGUCUAUUACAUUGUCAACUGA